AUGGAUACAGCCAGGGGCCUCGCGUGGAAGGAGCAUCCCGCGGCCGUGUUCCCUUCCCCCGCAGAUCACACCGCGCCCCGGGAUCUCACGGCCGGCCUGACUUCGCUGCAGCCGGAGUGUGGGGCGGGAGAGCUGCCGGGAGAGCUGCCGGGAGAGCUGGUGAAGCGGAGGCUCCGUCUGGCUCUCACCGCCUGCGCCGACGCGCUCUUCUUCUGUAAACUCCUUCUCUACACCAGGGAGCCGGAGAGAGCAGGGUGGAUACGUGGCACCGCUCCCAGGAGUCCACCGUCACGGGCAGACACCGGGCUCCGCGUGGGCAUCGUUGGCGCCGGGCGGUUGGGCAGGCAGUUGGCGCGAUGUCUGAUCGAGACGAGUGGAUUACGAGCGGAAGAAAUUCGCAUUUCCACACGCAGACCGGAGACACUAGGUGACUUCCGGGAGCGAGGCGUGAUCUGCUCCUACGAUAACGUGGCUCUCGCCUCCUGGGCGCAUGUCCUGUUUCUGUGCUGCCUGCCGUGUCAGCUGCCCGGCGUGUGCGCGGAGAUCGAGGAUCACGUGGGACAGGCGUGUGUUGUGUACAGCCUCGUGUCUGCCGUGCCUCUGUCCAGGUUGAGGCGGUUGCUGGGCCCCGUGUCCCUCGUCAGACCGGAGUACCGGAGCGCAGGGGCCACGAGGGGCCGGACCAGAGACUGCACGACAGCGGCCCUGAGAGACCCGGAUCUCCUGAAAUCCACCAAUCCACGCGACUCGAGAGCGAGCAGGUUUCCUGAGACGUCUCUAUAUGCGGCUCUGAACACAUGCAGAGAACGCGGUCUCUGCCACAGACGGUCUCUGCGUGUCCUGAACGCUCUGCUGCAGGGUGCUGAGACGUGGGGUGAGGCGCCUCGCGGAUCCCGGCUCCGGACAGAAGACCUCGUGAGUGCAGAAUGCGCUGCCUCACUCUCUGAGGGCAGUUUGUUCCCGUGGUUUGACCUGAGCGCGGUGCAGUCCAAGGAGACGCCACUGAGCCGGCACGUGGCGCAAUCCCCUCGGCUCCAAGAAACGUUGGCGCUUCUGUAUUUCGCGGUCUUAGGGAUUCACACCAUGGACGUGGAGGAGUCUGAUAACCCACGUUACCCGGACGACGGAACGUGGAGGAGUCUGAUAACCCGCGUUACCCGGACGAUGGAACGUGGAGGAGUCUGA